AUGGCUCGAGAACUAGUGCUGCCAGCUGCUCAGGACUACACGUCCCUCAUGCUCCCAUUGAAGUCCAUCCUCACUGGCGGCAUCCGUGCCGGGGUCAUGGUGAUGCUCCUUACCUGCCUGAUCGUCAAUCCACGCUACCUGCUCGGCACCCUCGAGCCGUCUGCCUACAUGAACUACAAGGCGAGGCACCGGCACCGUGCACGGCUGGCGGACAAGGCGAUGGGCAAGACAGCGAUCAGUAACUCACUCGUGCACAAGAUGGUUGGCCCGCCGUUCACAAAGGAGCUGGUGGUGGAGGCUCCUGUCACGUUCCGUGCCACCAAGACCAUCUCCAAACUCCAGUUCCGUUCUCUCUGUCUCCGUUUCUCCAAACUCAGGUUUUAUUGUAUUCGCUUAGCCUAUCUUCUCCCGCAUUACAAUUAG